AUGUCCUUCGAUGCAAAUAAUAUUCUCGAGGAACUGGUUUCAUCCAGCCAGGCUUUGCCGACUUUUGAUGUGUUUGAAGUUUUAUGGGCCACGAGGAAUGUUUGUGUUCCGGGGUUUGGUGUUUUUGAUGCUAAGCUUGAAAAACGCAAGAUAGGUGUCAACCCUGUCAUAUAUACAACACUAAUGGAUGCUUACUUUAAGGCAGGGAAUUGCAUGGAAGCUAUCAAUCUGGGUUUAGUUCAAGAGGCAAUUUAUUACUUCGGUAGGAUGCCAGACUUUGAUUUGCAACCCAAUGUUGCAGUCUAUACGGCUCUUCUUGAUGGUCUUUGUAAAAAUAAUUGUAUUGGAGCUGCAAAGAAGCUGUUUGAUGAAAUGCAAGAUAAAAAUACGAUUCCAGAUAGAAUUGCUUAUACUGUGAUAAUAGAUGGGAAUUUGAAGCAUGGCAACUUUCAAGAAGCAUUGAACAUGCGAAUCAAGAUGAUGGAAAUGGGUAUAGAACUUGAUCUGCACACAUGCACUGCCCUGGCUUGGGGGUUGUCACAAUGUGGCCAAGUGCAGCAAGCAAGAAAGUUUCUCGCUGAGAUGUUUGGAAAGGGUAUCAUUCCUGAUGAGUUCUCUCUCUUUGCAAAUGCUAAUACGUUAAAAGAGUUUCCUGCUUAUAGCGUUAUGGCGGCUGUUAGAAGAAAACUCGUAGCAUUGAUGCCUGAUUCAAGACCUCCAAACGUUACUUUGGAGGUUACAGCUGAAAAGGAAUCGUUGUUGAGCUGGAAGGGAAUUACAGCACAUAUACUUUGUGCAAAGAUGUUUCGGCAUUGCUGUAUUUUUCCAUGGCCUGGUGGUGGCAGCUCUGUUGAUUCAUGCAAGGCAUCAAUUCAUUCAUAG